UGUGACUCUGAGUUUAACGACACUGACGAACCAAUCCGAAAAGACGCCGUAAAGAAGCGUUUCCGGGUUCAAAGCGGAAGCAGCCUCUGCCAUCUUUGAUGUGGGCGAACAGCUGACCGUGUGUGUACGGGGACAAGGGUCCGCCCGCCGGUGUAACCAGCUGUAUCCUACAGGUCCUCCCGCCGGCGACAUGGUGCUCCGGAGGCUUCUGUUCUCUCUCCUCAACAACCCGCAGCUGAUCGAGAAACUCUCCGAGUCCCGGCCCAUCCGCAGAGCCGCGCAGAUCACCGCCUUCGCCAUCACCAAGGCGCAACUGACCGGCAAGGACGCUGCACAGCGCAUGCUCCGCUCGGACACGGUUCAGCAGCUGAAGCGCGAGUUGUCCGGUGGUUCCCGGGAUCUGGGGGAGGUGGGACGAAAGGUGGGGAGGAUCAAAGAAACGUUUAUGAAAGAGCUUAAGACCGGCAUGGAGGAGGUGAUGGGGCAGAUGAAGAAGCCGAACGGCAAGUGACGGGAUGUCAACAAGUCAUGUGACUGGGACACUACAACACUGGUCGGCCAUACACCGCCAUGCACUUUGACUCUGGUGCCCUCUAGUGACAGUAAGGCUAAUUACAGCCCGCAGAUGUGAUGAGUGGUGGGCGGGAGAAGCGUCUUGUAUGUCCAGAAUACCAGGAGGAAAUAAAGGCUUUUGGUGAUUUAUAUAUGAUGGCUGCUGUUCACUACUCAGGAUAUUAUCACAGGAUAUGUGCACGACAUCAGCAGGGCCAGGACAAGAGAUUGUGAAAAAGAAUUUCUGAAAAAAAAAUGCAAUACAACUCUGAACUUUCCCUGUUGGCUUCCUUCACACACAAAUUUUGUUUGUCAUCUUUUUGGUCAGAAAAAAAUUAGGGAAAAAAAAACCACCAAAGCUAGAGCAUACUGGGAAUGUUAUAAACUGAGCCAGAAAGUCCACUAUAAGUUGGAAAAAAAAACACCAAGUGUGUCUGGCGUUUCAUAUUUCCCUAUUAAAUUGUUAGAAAAUAACAUGUAUAUUUGUAAUAUAUAUGGGUUAAAAAUGUGUAUAUUUUUGUCCCUGCAGCUAUUGCAUGUGUGUCUCUGUGAGGGCGAACAAGCGGGGCCCUGCGC